AUGCGCUUUCUCAGAGGUGAAUCAACCGAAGAUGACGAGCUGGUACUGGAAGGCAUCACAGAUUUGAAGCUUGGAUGUUGUCAGCAGAUGCUGGCGAACUUGCCAGGAACCCUCCAAAGCCUGGCCUUUGCUGAGGGCUUCAACCAAAGCUUGGAGCAUGUCAAGUUCCCGAAGAACCUCCAGCACCUGGCUUUUGGCAAAAUGUUCAGCAAGAGCUUGGACCAGACAGGGUUCCCAGAGAAUCUCCAGAGCUUGGUUUUGAGCGCAGAUUUUAAUCGGAGCCUGGAUCUGGUCAGUUUGCCAAACAAUCUUCAGAGCCUGACUUUUGGGUAUUUCUUCAACCAGAGCUUGCGGCGUGUGAGAUUGCCAAAUAGACUUCGGACCCUGACGUUUGGCGAUCAAUACAACCAGAGCUUGGCAAGAGUGAAGAUGCCAAACAGUCUCCAAAGCAUAACCUUUGGCAUGGCUUUUGACCAGAGAAUGCAGCACGUAGUUUUGCCAGACACUCUACACACCUUGAUUUUUGGCGCUCGAUUCGAUCAGCCCCUCGAGCACAUGCACUUGCCGAGCAGUCUCAAAUCCCUUGCCUUUGGUCUGUGCUUUGACCAGAGUCUGGAAGGGGUCAAUUUGCCCCAAAGUCUCGAGACCCUGACUUUCGGCUCUCUCUUUAACAAGAGCUUGGAAGGUGUCACAUUGCCGAACAGCCUCCAGAGUUUGACCUUUGGCGAAGAGUAUAACCAGAGCUUGAGACGAGUCAAGUGGCCAAAUAGUUUGCAGAGCUUGAGGUCCUGUCUCUUGGGGACAAGCUUAACACCAGCUUGGAAGGAGUCCACUUGCCGGGUAGUUUGCAAAGCCUUACGUUUGGUAUGA